AUGUUUUACUUAAUCGGAUUGGGAUUGUAUGAUGAAAAUGACAUUACUCUGCGAGGAUUACAAACUGUAAAAAAAUGUCAGCGCAUCUACCUAGAGGCAUAUACAUCUAUUUUGCUAGUUAAUAAAGAGCGUCUCGAGUCUCUUUACGGGAAAGAAAUCACUCUUGCUGAUCGUGAAAUGGUAGAAAGCAACAGCGACGAAAUUCUGAAAGAUGCUGAUACUUGCGAUGUCGCUAUGCUAGUUGUGGGCGAUCCCAUGGGUGCUACCACCCAUGCUGACUUGGUGUUGCGCGCUCGCGAACUUAAUAUUCCUGUGCGAAUGAUUCAUAAUGCAUCCAUUAUGAACGGUAUUGGUGCCAGCGGCUUGCAACUAUAUAAAUUCGGACAAGCCGUUAGUCUUGUGUUCUUUGAAGGAAGCUAUCGUCCUCAAAGCUUCUACGACCGCAUCAAAGAAAACGUUAGCUUAGGUCUGCACACCUUGGUACUUCUUGAUAUCAAAGUGAAGGAACAAAGCUGGGAAAACCUUGCCCGGGAUCGUAAAAUUUAUGAGCCUCCACGCUAUAUGUCAGCUAGUUUGGCUGCACAACAAAUGAUAGAAGUUGAGGAGGACCGUAAAGAAAAUAUCUGUUUACCUGAAUCUUUGGCUGUUGCUAUCGGUAGACUUGGUUCAGAUGAUCAAGUAAUUGCUUCUGGUACUUUAAGUGAAAUUGCUGAAUAUGACAUUGGACCUCCUCUUCACAGCGUUCUCCUUGUUGGCAAAGAUGUUCAUGAUAUGGAACUGGAUUAUCUGAAGAUGUUUGCGAUUAACAAAGAAAAUUUUGAACGGAUUGCAAAGCUUUACCUUCAGAAAUAA